AUGGCUCCACUUUGCUAUCAGCAGCUCGACGAAGCGCGCGAGCUUACCGAGCAGCAGCUCUCACAGGUCCUUCUCGAUCGCAAUACUGAGCUGUCUCAACUUACACACCAACGCAAAUACUCCACCGUACUCAAUGCGCACAACAUCUGGGCUCCGCAAUUGUACGAUGCAAUUCUAAGAUACGCCACCGCCGCAAACUUGACAGUCGUUUCUCGAGUCCUCAAACUCCCCCGCGAGAUCCGCGACACAAUAUAUACGCACCUCUGGGAUAGUGGCGGGCAGCAAGACUUUCAAAGAGAUCUGUUAUAUUGGUGGGAACACUUUGACCAGCCAUGGGUAAUUAGGGGCAUACAUCCAUGUGAAUCAUUCGGGAAGACAGGCGCCACGGAUCUCAAACCACCAUAUUUCGUUGACCAGGCGUUUUUUGGUGCGGACUUCGCCAGAGAAGUCCUUGUACGGCUGCAGGACACCGUUGGAAAGGAUCUACGACCCUGCGAAAGGAAUCCGAUUGCGGAAUUCUCCUUGAUUGACGCAUCAAUAGAGGCGUUCGUUAAGAAGGACGCGUUUGGCGUGGGAAAGACUAUGGAAGAGCUAGUCCGAAAUUUGGACCUCCGGAUCAACUUCCAAUGCGAUAACCACAUGUCAAGUGAACUUGCGAGGCAAAACCACAUCGCUGAGCUCGAAGAAGGCAUAACGGCGCUUUUGAGUAUCCCAUACUCUGACCGUAUCACCAUUCACGACGGCCAAAUGAAACAACUCUCGUCCAGACCAAGAAUUAUCACACUGGUGAUACGGCAAGAAUGUGCCAUCGAUAUUUCUGUUAGCCUCGUACCAAUCCUGCGACUUGUCGCCCGCGCACGCAAGGGCUUGAGCAGAACCGGGUUCACGAUGAAAAUUCUAUAUCAUAAUGAUGAGAUUGGACUAAAGAUCCUAUUUGAGGAGGACGUCUGGGCUUGGUCAGACAAAGAUUGGAAAACCAAUUUGAAAGAGAAGAACUCAUGCAAAGUAGAUGCUGAAGAGUGGGACCUCGAGAAGCAGGCCAUUGUGUGGGAACACGUCAGGAAUGUCGUGUUCAACGUGAAAGAUGAUGGGGCGUAA